GGCAAGAGCCUCUACGAUAUCCUUGGGGUGUCAAGGACAGCUACAGACAAGGAGCUCAAGGUGGCGUACUACAAGCUGGCAAGAGACUCGCACCCCGACAAGCACCCGGAGGACGCGGAGGCAGACGCCAAGUUCAAGCGCAUCAGUGAAGCUUAUCAGAUCCUGAGCGACCCGAGGAAGCGACAGAUCUACGACCAGCUCGGAGCAGAGGGGCUAGAGGAG